AUGAUGUUCGUUUUUUUUGCCGACGGCUAUCGUACAUUUUCAAAUUUCAGGUGGAACCAUCGACCAUACUAUUGGGGUUCAAGUUAUUAUCCGCAAUCGAUGUCACGAUCAAAUAUGUGCCGUAUGCCAAUCGAUGCAUCCGAUCCAAAGUUCGGUAAUGUGUAUUUCGAGGACGGAUCGAGUCGACCCAAGGAGAUCGUUUGGAGUUGUGGCUAUAAUGAGGAUUGUUGUGGCUACGAAUGCUGUCCAUCGCGCGGAGGUGGCUGGGGUUAUGGUGGCGCUGCGUCAUCAUGGCGAUUCGGUCUCGGGUACGUUAUCACCUUCCUCAUUGUUGUGCAUCGUUUCUGA